UCCCGUGAGUUGGUUUCCUUUGUGCUGUUAGUCUGUCGCUUUUAAACGCGUGUCGGUUUUCACCAGCGAAACUAAACCUGAAACUAAUCCUUUUACCAGCAGCGCGACAGCGGAGAAUCUUUGUCGGCUCGUUCGUUACGUGCGUCUUCUUUUGGUCGGCAUCACCCACCUUUAGAGGUGCAGAGAAACUCCUGAGUUGUUUCCAUGGCACUAAGACGAGGACACAUCCGAUAUCUGAAGGUGUGUGAGGUCCAGACGUCUCAGAGCGACGUCAGAGACGGUCAACUCGCUGCCAAAGGCGUCUCUGGAAAGGAGCUGUACGAUAACGGCUACAGCGAGCAGAUGAUGGAGGACGAUGACGCUCGCACCAACCUGAUCGUCAACUACCUGCCUCAGAGCAUGAGUCAGGACGAACUGCGAAGCCUCUUCAGCAGCGUCGGAGACGUCGAGUCGGCGAAACUGAUCCGGGACAAGGUGGCAGGUAACUCAUGCCACAGUUUAGGUUACGGCUUUGUUAACUUUGUUAACCCUAGUGAUGCAGAGAGGGCUAUCAGUACCCUCAAUGGCCUGAGGCUACAGUCUAAAACUAUCAAGGUUUCGUAUGCGCGGCCGAGUUCGGACAUGAUUAAAGACGCUAAUCUGUACAUCAGUGGUUUGCCGAGGACGCUGAGUCAGCAGGACCUGGAGGACAUGUUCAGUCACUACGGACGUAUCAUCAACUCACGAGUGCUGGUGGACCAGGCCUCAGGUUUGUCCCGGGGCGUGGCCUUCAUCCGCUUUGAUAAGAGGUCAGAGGCCGAGGAUGCUGUCAAACAGUUGAAUGGACACACCCCCCCUGGCAGCACAGAGCCAAUCACAGUCAAGUUUGCUGCCAACCCCAAUCAGGCCCGGAACUCUCAGAUGAUGUCACAGAUGUAUCACGGCCAAUCACGGCGCUUCGGGGGCCCCGUCCAUCACCAGGCGCAGAGGUUCAGGUUCUCACCAAUGAGCGUGGACCACAUGAGUGGAGGGGGCGGGGUUUCGGGGAGUGCGUCCUCUGGUUGGUGCAUCUUCAUCUAUAACCUGGGCCAGGAUGCAGACGAGGCCAUUCUGUGGCAGAUGUUCGGGCCGUUCGGUGCCGUCGUCAAUGUGAAAGUGAUCCGAGACUUCAACACCAACAAAUGCAAAGGCUUCGGCUUCGUCACCAUGACCAACUACGAGGAGGCUGCCAUGGCCAUACACAGCCUCAACGGGUACCGCAUGGGGGACAAAGUCCUGCAGGUGUCCUUCAAGACCAGCAAGGGACACAAAUAGAACAGGAUUGGAGGGGGCGAGGGGGCGGGGGGGCGGGGUGGGGGGGGUCCAACCAUUUAAAUGUAGUUUUUCUGUCAGCGAACCGUUUGAGAAAGUUUUCAGUUUGUGUCUUAGUUUCCUUCCAGCAUGUUCACAUGUUGUUUCUGUGCAUGUUUGAUUGAGCUGAUUGACAGCUGACUAUCACAGUGGUUACCACGGUAACCUGAUUGUUGGAUAUGAAGACAAAAGGAAAUGUAAGUGUGUUCUGAUUUUCAAUUUAAAUGAACCAUUUUAGUUCAGUGUAGAGAAAAACUGCAUCUGACAUUACUCUUUAAAUCCAGUGAAUCUGAUCAAACUCACAUUACUAGAAAAUAUAAACUGGUUCUUAAACACACUGUUUUCAGCUUUCUGUACAUUUUAACAUGUCAGGUGAUUGACAGGUCUUUGGGCCAAUCAAGCAGCAGGAGGUGGAGCUUGUGGUCAGUUUAACAAAAUGCUUUAAUUUCCAAGAUUAAAAAGCACCUGACAACAACCUCAUGACUCGUACUGUUUUAUUUUGUGUUGCUGCUUCGCUGUGAUCGACGGAUUAUUCAACAAUAAAUCUGUUAAAGGAAAA